AUGGCUGACCACGCGCCCGCGCCAAGGAAGCAGUACGACCCUUACUCAAGCACCUACAACCCCGGGUGGAGAGAUCAUCCCAACCUCAGUUAUGGAGGGAAUAGGCAACCCAACUUUACACCGAACAGGCAGUCUAACUUUGUGCCAAAUAAGCCACCAGGGUACCAGCAGCAAUACCAAUCCCGACCACCUCCGCCCCCAAGCUCUGGUCCAUCUUUGGAGGAGAUGAUGAAACAAAUGAUGACAACCAUGGCGCAAAAUCAACAAAUGAUGACAACCAUGGUGCAAAAUCAGCAAAGGACGGACUCCGAAAUGCAGGAUAUAAGGAAUCAGAUAAGUCAAAUGGCCACAACAAUCAACCGUUUGGAUUCCCAGAACCAAGGUAAAUUGCCAUCUCAACCCGAAUUAAAUCCGAAGAACGUGAGCGCAAUGACCCUAAGGAGCGGGAAGGAAAUUCAGGGGCCUGAACCUGUGAUCCCUAAAGAUAAAGAUGAGGAAAAGAUCGAAAACGAGCUUGAAAGGGAGGACAGCAGUGGUGCAGAUCUAAAGGUACUUCCCGACCCAAUAAUUACAGCUAAAACUAACCCGCCUCCUUUUCCUAACAGGUUGGAAAAAUCAAAAAAGCAAGAUAAGGAAAAGGAGAUUUUGGAGGUUUUCCGCAAGGUUGAGAUAAAUAUCCCCCAGUUAGACGCAAUCAAACAAGUACCAAAAUAUGUCAAAUUCCUAAGGGACUUGUGUGUCAAUCGAAGGCGAUUGAGGGGAGAUGAACGGGUUAUUGUUGGGGAGAAUGUGUCAGCGGUCCUGCAGAGAAAGCUUCCACCCAAGUGCGGGGACCCAGCUGAUUUUUAUGUACUUGAUAUGGAUGAUGAUCACUCCCCCGAUCCCUCACCUUUGUUGUUAGGUAGACCCUUUAUGAGCACAGCACAAACAAAAAUUGAUGUUAAUAAGGGUACCUUAUCCAUGGAAUUUGAUGGGGAAACUGUGCAUUUUAAUAUCUUUGAUACUAUGAAAUAUCCCUCAAACUCCAACUUUAGCUCAGUUUUCUCUGUGAGUGCUAUUGACCCUGCGGUGCAGGAAGUAUUUGAAACUGUUGGUAGGGAUGAGUUGGAGGUAGUUUUGACCAAGCACCUCGAGUUGGAAACAACUCCUGAGGUGGAGUGGAGUGAAGAUCUAAAAUGCACAAUAGGUGCAUUACACUCAUUGCAGACCACCACGAAAAGGUAUGAAGUCUUACCUAUUUUUACUCCCGAACCUCACCAGAGGGUAUUGCCAUCUGUGGUACAGGCACCUGUAUUGGAGUUGAAACCUCUACCAGAGCACCUGAAAUAUGCAUAUCUGGGUGAUAAUGAGACACUCCCGGUGAUUAUCUCAUCGGCACUGUCAAAAACCCAGGAGGAGAAACUGAUCCGGGUCCUUAGAGAGCAUAAAGAGGUGAUAGGUUGGACAAUUACGGACAUUAAGGGAAUCAGCCCGGCCAUCUGUAUGCACCGGAUUAGACUAGAUGAGGAUGCCAAACCUGUACGACAGGCUCAAAGGAGGCUUAACCCACUCAUGAUGGAGGUGGUGAAGAAGGAAAUUUUGAAAUUGUUAGAUGUGGGGAUUAUUUUUGCAAUAUCAGAUAGCCCUUGGGUGAGCCCGGUCCAGGUAGUCCCAAAGAAGGCAGGAGUGACGGUAGAGGCUAACCAAACGGGUUUUUAUCGAAGGUUCAUCAAGGAUUUUUCAAAAAUUGGGGUCCCGUUGUUCCAACUCUUACAAAAGGAGGUGACCUUCGAAUUCAAUGACAAAUGUGAAAAAGCCUUCGACAAGUUGAAAGAGUUGUUGACCUCACCCCCAAUCAUCCAGCCUCCUGACUGGAGUCUACCAUUUGAGAUCAUGUGCGAUGCCAGUGAUCAUGCUGUAGGGGCUGUAUUGGGGCAGCGAGUAGGAAAGGCAGCUCACGUCAUCUAUUACGCAUCCCGCGCCCUGAAUGGGGCCCAGUUGAAUUACUCCACUACUGAGAAGGAGCUGCUUGCAGUUAUUUUUGCUCUAGAAAAAUUCAGGUCAUAUCUGUUAGGUGCUAAAGUGAUUGUAUUUUCUGAUCAUGCAGCAUUAAGGUACCUGAUGACCAAGAAAGAUGCAAAGCCAAGGCUCAUCAGGUGGAUAUUGCUACUACAGGAAUUUGACAUGAAAAUAAGGGAUAAAAGGGGUUCAGAGAAUUUAGUAGCUGACCAUCUGAGUCGUAUACCCGUUGGAGAGGAUAAGGAACCAUUGAGGGAUGCAUUCCCUGAAGAGCAUUUAUUUUCUCUGAAUUCUCAAUUGCCUUGGUAUGCCGAUCUGGUCAAUUAUUUGGUAACUGGUAGUUUUCCUGCAGGUUGGCCAAAGUCGAAGAGGGAUAAAUUGAAGAGCGACGCCAAGUAUUUUAUCUGGGACGACCCGUACCUAUGGAAGAGGUGUGCAGAUCAAGUGAUGCGGAGAUAUGAUGCUUAUGUGUUUUGUAAGUCAUGUGAUCGCUGUCAAAGGGUAGGUAAUAUAGCCCGUAGAGAUCAAAUGCCCCAAGUCCCGUUGAUUUUUGUUGAAAUUUUUGAUGUUUGGGGUAUAGAUUUCAUGGGGCCUUUUCCUACUUCAUUUGGUUUUCUGUAUAUUUUGCUGGCAGUUGAUUAUGUGUCUAAAUGGGUGGAGGCUAAGGCCACUCGGACUAAUGAUUCGAGAGUAGUUGCAGAUUUUAUCAGAACUAAUAUUUUUGUACGAUUUGGAAUGCCAAGAGCUAUUGUCAGUGAUAGGGGAACGCACUUCUGCAACAAAACCAUUGCUGCGUUGUUUCGCAAGUAUGGUGUACUCCACAGGGUCUCAACGUCGUACCACCCUCAGACCAAUGGUCAAGCGGAGGUAUCGAACCGGGAAAUCAAAUCCAUCUUGGAGAAAAUGGUGCGCCCCGAUAGGAAAGAUUGGAGUCAACGGUUGGAGGACGCACUUUGGGCCUAUCGGACGGCGUACAAGACUCCUAUAGGGAUGUCACCGUACAUGUUGGUAUUUGGGAAGCCUUGUCACCUUCCAGUAGAGUUCGAGCACAAGGCUUUUUGGGCAAUAAAGCAAUGCAACAUGAAUCUAGAGGAGGCCGGUACCCAAUGGAAGUUGGAUUUGCAAGAGUUGGAGGAGAUUCGGAACGAAGCCUACGAAAAUGCAUUAAUUUAUAAGGAGAGAAGCCGGACAUUUCAUGACCAACAAAUUUCAAGAAAAACAUUUGAAGUUGGUCAGAAGGUCCUCCUAUACCAAUCAAGGCUCAAGUUAUUCCCAGUUGAAAUCCGAAGUGCUAAGACAGACAACAAGUUUGUGGUGAAUGGACACCGUCUCAAACACUAUUACGAAAGUUUUUAG